AUGAGCGACUCUAGGGCCAUGCCAAAGCGCGCACUCUCAUUGGAGGACCUAGUGAACCACGAUGACAAGGCUGAACAACGCGGCACUCCCAAUCUGAACCCCAUUCCAGCCGACGAAAUCAAGAAACGGUUAAGCGUCGAUGGCCUCACUGCCGGCUCGCAACUCAAGCAGGAGCCUCAAGAUGAUUUCAGCGACCUAAACGAGGAAACAGAUACGGAUGACGAAGUGCCCGGAGCUGGUGACGUGGUGUUCGAAAAUGGCGACUUCAAAUUCGACUACGACAAGCAAGAAAGUCAGAACGCGGCCAAGAAAUUGCAGAAUCCGCGACUCGAUGACGCGGUAAAACACGAGUCCGACGUGCGUGAUAUCUUCCAAGAAAAGAUGUCGACCCAAUCUAAGCGGAACAACAUCAAGAAGGAUCUAAAUGUUCUCCAUGAAAUUGCAGCGACAGCGAAACCCAGCAGGUAUCGUGUGGCACCCAUAUGGGCACAGAAGUGGAAACCCACCAUAAAAGCACUCCAAAGCAUCGACACCAAAGAUUUCAAAAUCGACGUUUCUUUCACCAACAUAAUACCUGAUGAUGACUUGACAAAAUCCGUGCAGGACUGGGUGUACGCGACUAUAAUUUCUAUCCCGCCAGACCAACGACAAUUCAUUGAAAUGGAAAUGAAGUUUGGUAUUAUUGUUGAGGGCAGCGAUUCCAACAGAGUGAGCCCCCCCGUGUCUUCCCAAACCGUAUAUACAGAGAUGGAUGCCCACCUAACUCCAGACGUGGACGAGCGAGUAUUCACAGAACUGAAAAAAUACAUCAAGGGUGUGUCGGAGCUAAACGAAAAUCACGGCAAAUUCAACAUUAUCGAAUCUCAUACGACUGACGCCUUGUACAGGGUAGGAUUAUCGACUCAAAGACCUCGUUUCCUGCGGAUGAGUAAAGACGUCAAGACGGGACGUGUGGGGCAGUUCAUAGAAAAAAGACACGUAUCACAGCUGCUACUAUUUUCUCCCAAAGACAGUUACGACGUGAAAAUAUCCAUUAACCUCGAAUUACCCGUCGCAAAUAAUGACCCGCCUGAAAAAUACAAAGAUCACACUCCAGUAAAUACCAGGACAAAACAACGUGUGAGUUAUAUUCACAACGAUUCGUGCACUAGAAUAGAUAUUACGAAAGUGGCCAAUCAUAAUCAAGGUGUGAAACAAAGACACACUGAGGACACGCAUGAGAUUGAGUUGGAAGUAAACACUGCAGCUCUGCUCACAGCCUUUGAGAAUAUUGCUCAUGAUAGCAAGGAGUACGCUUCCGUCCUGAGAACAUUCUUGAACAAUGGCACGAUCAUCAGAAGAAAAUUAACUUCUCUUUCUUACGAAAUUUUUGAAGGUCAAAAGAAGGUGUAA